UGUUUUCUGGGUCUUGUGACUUUUGUCAGCUGAAUUGGUUCAUCGCAAUAGCGAAAAGUGCGAAUUAAGUGAAAUUUUGGGCAAAAAUAUCGUGAAAAUCCAUUUAAUAUUACAAUCCAAGUGCUCAAAUUAAUUUCUUUAAGUUAGCGAAAAAUGUCGGACGUCAAGGAAUUAAUCAAUUUGCCCGAUGAAAACAUCGACAUGAUUGCUGCCACUUCGGUGUUGCAGCAACAAGCAGCUGACAUACGUACCAAGACCAUUAAUUGGGCAUCGUAUAUGCAGUCGCAAAUGAUUUCGCAAGAAGAUUACAAUGCAAUCAGUGCACUAGACACUGCCAAGGCGGCCUAUCUGCAAAAGAACUCCACUCAGGCAGUGAAGACCUUGCUAAAUUUGCUCGCUCAUGUUUCAAAAGAUCAGACAAUACAGUAUAUACUUGUGCUGAUCGAUGAUUUGUUGCAAGAAGAACGUUCACGUGUUGAUUUCUUCCAUGACUAUGCUAAGCAACAUAAAGAAUGUGUCUGGGGACCUUUCCUUAACUUAUUGAAUCGUCAAGAUGGUUUCAUUGUCAACAUGUCAUCACGUAUCCUAGCUAAACUGGCUUGUUGGGGUCGCGAACUUAUGCCCAAAUCAGAUCUUAACUUCUAUUUGCAGUUUUUGAAGGAUCAGCUGACCGUGAACGCCAAGGCAUAUAUAAACGAACAGGCCACACUAGCUAGACGGGUGCAGACGAUUGUGGUGCAUCAUCAUGGACAUGGGCAUGGUAAAGACCAGCAAUCUUCUAAGAAUAAUAAUCAUUACAGUCCAAAUGUGGCGCAACAACAACAAUCACAGCAACAAAUGACAGGCGAGCGAUAUCGUGAGAUGACAGUCGAGCAGCAAAAUGCUCUCGGUGAUGGCAGGGUACCCAUACCGGCCAAUGAGUACAUACAAUCAGUUGCACGCUGUCUCCAAAUGAUGCUGCGUAUUGAUGAGUACCGUUUCGCUUUCGUUUCGGUUGAUGGCAUUAGCACAUUGAUAAGCAUACUGUCAUCACGCGUUAAUUUCCAGGUGCAAUACCAAUUGGUGUUCUGUUUAUGGGUGCUCACUUUCAACCCACUUUUGGCCACAAAAAUGAACAAGUUCAGCGUCAUACCGAUUUUGGCUGAUAUUCUGAGUGAUUGUGCCAAGGAAAAGGUUACACGCAUCAUACUCGCCGUGUUCCGCAAUUUGAUUGAGAAGCCCACGGAUCCACAAGUGGCCAAGGAGCAUUGCAUUGCUAUGGUUCAGUGCAAGGUUCUGAAACAGUUGUCCAUUUUGGAGCAACGUCGCUUCGAUGAUGAGGACAUUUCGGCCGAUGUGGAAUUCCUCACCGAGAAGCUACAGAACUCUGUACAGGAUUUGAGCUCCUUCGAUGAGUAUGCCACUGAAUUGCGUAGCGCACGUCUCGAAUGGUCGCCCGUACACAAAUCCGCCAAAUUUUGGCGUGAAAAUGCACACCGUUUGAAUGAGAAGAACUACGAACUUCUCCGUAUUUUGGUGCAUUUGUUGGAGACUUCAAAGGAUCAUAUUAUUUUGUCCGUAGCUUGCUUCGACAUCGGCGAGUACGUGCGCCAUUAUCCCCGAGGCAAACAUGUUUUGGAGCAAUUGGGUGGUAAACAAAUUGUUAUGCAAUUGCUAGCUCACGACGAUCCAAAUGUGCGUUAUGAGGCUCUCUUGGCGGUACAAAAAUUGAUGGUGCACAAUUGAACUCACUUAAAGCACGCAAUUGCAAUCAUUUGAACAAUCAAAAUAUUUCAGCAAUGAAAGUCAAGCACAUUUUUUUCACAUACGUCCUGUCAAAUUAUGUGUGUUCCAUUACCAAUGAAUUUGUAUUAAAAUCAAUAUCAUUCAAUAAAUCCGUUUCCAUAGGGAAUACCUGGGUAAACAAUUGGAAAAGGAGAAUGAGAA